AUGGGGACAGAUAUGAAGGUAAUUAGAAAAGAAAUUCAAAAUUUUCUAGGCUAAAUGAAAGGCAGUAUUAGAGAAGGUCAUGGAAGGUAUAUAUGCGCAGAUAAAAACAAGGAAAAGAAUUAUGAGUAUGAAGGGGAAUGGCUCAAGAAUAGAAGACAUGGAAACGGGAGAUGUUUCUAUUAUAACAAAGAUUUAUAUGUUGGCUAGUGGCUUGAAGGACAGAGGCAUGGUAGAGGAACUCAUUUCACAGGGGACGGUGAAAGAUACGAAGGUGAAUGGAGGAAUGAUAUGAGAGAUGGCGAGGGGAUUCUUUGGAGCACUAAUGGGAUAUAGUAUUAUGGUACAUUCAAAAAUGAUAAGAAAGACGGAACUGGUGAGAUAAUAAUGGCAGAUGGCACUAGGUAUAUUGAAGAGUGGACCAACGGCUUGCUACUAAAGCAUCAAAAGAUUGAGGACUCUAAUUUCAGUUCUAGGUAUCUUACUUUGAAUGCAUCUUAAAAUCCGCAAAAGGGCUCUACAACAAGUCUCAGUCAUAGAAGCGGUCAAAAUAAUGGGGGUGAUUCCAACUCCAUUAAAAACUUGAGACAAUACUAAACCUAAAAACAUAAUCAGAACAACAGAGGAUACAAUAUUCAUGAGAGAAUGCAAAUAAAGCAAAAUACAAAUAACACUUGUUUAGAAGAGAUUGAUUCGUUCAGCAAGAUCACUGCUAUCAUUCUAAGAAAUAAAAAUGUUAAUGAAUGGUCAGUUGAAGAUGUGGAAUCUUGGAUGCAUGCAAAUCAGUUCGAUGAUUAUGUCAAAAUAUUUAAGAAGCAUCAUGUUGAUGGAUACGCACUUAUCAAUUUGACAGAGAAUGACCUUGUUCAAAUCAAAAGACUGAUUGAAAUUUGGAAUAAGUUUAGGAAGGAUGAUGGUCACUUUGAUUAUCAUUACACAGAGAUCUCAAUUGACGAUCUCAACUAGACUCUUGAUAAAAUGAAUCUAUCUCACACUCUAAAAUCUACACCAAAACUAGAUCAAUCCGUUAUAGAAUCUGAAAUUUAGAGUAGAAUAAAUUUAGUUCCUUAGAAGUACAAUAGAAAGUAGAGCUUUAUAUCAGGAAUAUCUAGCGGCUUGAAUACAAGAGGGAACAUGACUAAUCAAAGCAAAUAAAUCUCACUAAGUUUAAAUCUUCAGGGUAUUUAGACUUAUGAAAAAAAUAGCUAAAUCAUCGUAGAUUAUGAUAAUCACAGACUAGACGAUGAUGAUGAGGAUUUCGAUAUUGUUGGAGAUGCUCUCUAUAAGUCACUUAAAAACAGUGGCUUCAAUUUCUUAAUAGAAUUUAAAGAUAUAAUCUUUGACUAAAAGAAGGAUUUUAUAGGAGGAGGUGCAUAUGGGUUAGUCUAUUAAGGUAAAUGGCUUGGCGUGAAAGUUGCUAUUAAGAGAUUUGCAAAGAUUACUAAUAACAAAAAGGCUUUGAAAGAUUUUAUUAAGGAAAUUUAAGUUGUUCACAGCUUAAGACAUCCAAAUAUUGUACUCUACAUGGGAGUAUCAUUUGAUUAAAACCAGUAAUACUACAUGGUCACUGAGUAAGUUUAAAUUCAAGUAAUUAAGUUACAGGUUUGCUUAAAAGGGUAGCUUGUUUGUGACGAUUGGACGAUUAAGCUAUGUGAUUUCGGCUUAGCCAGAUAUAAAUACAAAUUCUAAAAUGAAAAUAAGGGCAAAGUUGGCACACCUUUUUGGAUGGCUCCAGAAAUUUUGAGAGGAGAGAGCUAUGAGGAGUCCUCUGAUGUAUACUCAUUUGGAGUAAUCUUAUGGGAGAUGAUGACUGGAUUAGUUCCUUAUGAAGGAAGAUCUUUUGCCUAGAUAACUGGAAUCGUAGGCUACUUCGGUGAUAAGCUAACCCCACCGCCGAAGUCAAAUAAGUAUCUGAAGAAAAUAAUUAAUAACUGUCUUCUAUUUGAAUAGGAAAGAAGACCUGGCUUCGAAGACAUCGUAAAGUAUCUUGAAAAAGUUGAGAAGCAACCAAAGAAUGUGAGUGAUAACCCUUUCAUAACUAAUCUCAAAGACUUUCUCAACUGA